UUUUGUCGUCUGCUUAAAGGAUUGAUUUUGAGGUUAAAAAAAGAUUGUGUCGGCAAUAUAAAUGUCAAUUUUUCUGAUAUUUACAAUUUUUAAAAAGUGAUUUACGUUUAAUUAAUUAAAAAUGGUUCAAGAAAAACCUUGUCGUACUUGUACUGAUUUUCAAACUUGGGCCAAAUUGCAAAAAAAGACAUAUGAUUCCGAAAAAAAAAUGAAGAGUGAUGAGAAAGUGAUUGAUACAUCUCGAAAAAAUUGUCCCCUGGAUAAAGAUGAAUUAGGAUCAACUACAUGGGCAUUUUUACAUACAAUGGCAGCUUAUUAUCCAGAUUCACCGUCAAAAGAACAACAAAAGGAUAUGAAGAAUUUUUUCUACAUUUUCUCAAGAUUUUAUCCAUGUGCACCUUGCGCUGAGGAUUUACAGGAACAAUUAAAAGUAAAUCCUCCACAAACUGAUUCACAAAAUCAAUUAACUCAAUGGCUUUGUCGAAUUCACAAUCAAGUAAAUAGAAAAUUAAAUAAACCCGAAUUUGAUUGUAAACUCGUCAAUCAAAGGUGGAGAGAUGGUUGGCUCGAUGGUUCUUGUGAUUGAUAAUUGAAAAAAAAAAUUUAGCUAGAAAAUUCACAAAAUUCGUGUAAAAGUCGUUAAAAUUUUUUUUUUUUUAAUAUUAAUUACAAAUAACAAUUGUAGUAGUAGAAUAUAAUAGCGAAUAAUUUCGCAACGAAGGCACUUGGGAGAUUAAUGUAAAUAUUUUUUUUUAUCGCAAAGAGUAUUUUAUACAAUUCUUAUAAUUUAAAAAAAAAGGAUUCACAUAUUUUUGGCUUUAUUCCAAUAAAUAAUUUUUGGUUUUAAUUUUUUAAAACUUA